AAUCCCAAACCCAUAUUCUCCCACCGUCCUCAGGUUUUUCCCUUUCUUUAUUUAUCUUGCAGGUUUUAGCCACACCAAAAAAAACACACACAAAAUACUCAUCUGACCCUUUAAUAUUAGGUUCCUGAUAUAUUUGGCUUCUUUUAGGGAGACCCAUUUGCAACCUUUGCCUCGUAUCGGAAGAAAAAAAAGCAGAAAAAGGCCGCUUUUGUCUUCGUCUUUUCAGUUUUCUCAGCUGAAUUGCCAAUUCUAGUUCAUGUACUCCCAUGUUUUCAGCUUCUAAUUCAUCAAGCUUCCAUUCUCAACUAAAACUCAUUUUCUGCUGCUUUUUGUUUUGUGUUCAUUCGUACUUUUGGUAGGAAACGCUGUCUCCCAUUGCCUAGUUAGUGUCUAUAAUGAACUGAUACCUUCAUACUACAAUACGUAGAUAUCAUAUUGGCAGUGCGCUUAGAGAAAGAACUUUGAUCUCUCCUUUCUUUGUCUGUUUCACAAUAUAUAAAUGGAGAACAUGGGAGAAUGGGAGCAACGGAGUCUCGUAAAUGAGCUAACACAAGGAAGAGAGCUAGCAAGGCAACUCCAAGUCCAUCUCAAUGUGCCUUCUUCUCACGAAUCUCGUGAAUCCUUAGUCCAAAAGAUCCAAGCUUCAUAUGAAAAGGCACUUUCAAUGCUGAACUACAAUACUUCUUUGGCAGCAGAUCAGCCGCAGCCCUCAGGACUAGCAAUCCGAAUGUCGGAGUCACCACCUUCUCGUAGUGGAAGUCCCCGGAGUGAGGACUCUGACCGUGACUGCAAGGAACAGGAGCUCAAAGAUGCCUCCAAGAAAAGAAAAACUCUGCCAAGAUGGACGCAACUAGUCCGAGUUACGCCUGGUACAGCCCUGGAGGGACCUCUUGAUGAUGGAUUCAGUUGGAGGAAAUAUGGACAAAAAGAUAUUCUCGGAGCAAAACAUCCAAGAGGCUAUUACAGGUGCACCCACCGAAAUGUUCAAGGUUGUUUGGCUACAAAGCAAGUACAAAGAUCAGAUGAUGACCCGACAAUCUUUGAGAUCACUUACCGCGGAAGGCACACCUGUACUCUAGCCUCGCAUGUAAUGCCUCCCUCAGGCCCAUCAGAAAAUCAAGAACAAGGAACUUGCAUGGAGCCACAGCAACCCGAACAAAACCAGAGCCAAUCACAAGAUCUACUGUUGAACUUCCAGAGAGGCCUUAAAGUUAUAACCGAAGACUUAGGUAUUGAUGAGCCAACAUACCCUUCAUUCCCUUAUCCAUCAUCAACAACCUCCAAUAUAAAGCUUGAAAACAAUGUCUUUUCACCAUCUGUGAUCGACAACAAUGUGGUGGGAAAUCUGUCAACUUCUUUUAUAUCGCCUGCAACAUCCGGGACUGGCUAUUUCUCUAUGUCUCCAAGUCCAAGCGGGAUGAACAACACUGUGCCGGGAAACAUUAAUUUUCCAAGUACCUCUGAGCCUCAGCUUAGCACUGAGAUUAUUCAAGCUGCUACCUCAGCAACAAACUCUCCAUUCCCAUUUGGUAAUCCCGAAUUCGACCCAAACUUCACAUUUGACAACCAUGGCUUCUUUUCUUAAUGCUAAGAAACCCUUUUUUCGCUGCACUCAGCGAUUUCAGUCGGCCAAUAUAACAGGACAGUCUCAUUUUUCCCUUAGAAUAAGAUGUUUUUCUUUAUUUUUUAUUUUAUUUUUGUCUAACUCAACUCUGUAACGAAGAAGAGUUGAAUUUUAUGGUCCUGUCACAUAAAGGUCUCUGAUGUCUUAAAGCCAAUGUAGACUGUACUUUUCUU